AUGCACAAAUUACCUUAUACUAAUAACCGUGACGUAAUCAUUGAAGCUGAGAGUUGUGACUUGCUAGCGGAAAGUAAAUCUACAAAUGACACCAGCAAAGACCAACCAAUUGUUCGAGUUGCGUCAUCAUCAAUCACUAGCUUUGCAGAAAGUUCUUCAUCCACUCCCAAUGUAGCUGAGGAACUUAAAAUUUCUUCCCAACUUCGAAAAUUUAACUUUAAUGAGCUAAAGUCAGCAACUAGAGGAUUUAAACCUGAGAGUGUUCUGGGUGAGGGUGGAUUUGGUUGUGUUUUCAAAGGUUGGAUUAGUGAAAAUGGAACUGCUCCGGCAAAAGCUGGCACAGGGAUUCCGGUUGCAGUAAAGACUUUGAAUUAUGAUGGACUGCAGGGUCACAGAGAAUGGCUGGCUGAAGUUAAUUAUCUUGGUGACCUUCUGCAUCCUAAUUUGGUGAAGUUAAUUGGUUAUUGCAUCGAGGAUGAUCAAAGGUUACUCGUCUAUGAGUUUAUGCCUCGAGGAAGCUUGGAGAAUCACCUUUUCAGGA